UCUCUCUCUCUCUCUCUAAUAAAAUCCCAAAAAAAUCCAAAAAAUAAAAACUUUUUUUUUCUUUUUUUUUUUUUUCUUUUUUCUGAAAUCCAUGUGCCCUUUUGAUCCUCAAAAAUCUCUCUGAUUGGCAGGCCAAGUAAGAAAAUUCCAAUACCUACUCUUUUUUCCAUUUCCUCUGGAAGUUAAAAGCUUAAUAAAGGCUUCGUUUUCUUAUUUGUCAACGUCCAAACGCGUCCUUACCCAGUGGGCAAAGUUUCUCGUUUUUCUUCCUUUUUGCCAAAUUCCAGACCCAGAAUUGAUGCCAAACAAAUGGGUUCUUGCUGGCUUUGAAUUCGAGGAAUGAGUUUCAGAAGGGUCUUCUCUCACAAUCUGAUCUUUCUCUUCUAUUAGUUUGUUGGUGUUCUAUAAAGUUUUUCAGUCUUUUUCAAAAUGUAUCAUGCAAAAAAAAUUUCAACUGCAAGUCUAGUGCCACAUAAGGCUCAAAGUGCAGAACAGAUUGCAAAUGCUGGAGUUUUGACUGGUUCUCCAGUGAAAAAUUCAACACCUCCUGGAGGAAGUGGGAAGCAAAGAUUGCGGUGGACUUCAGAUCUUCAUGAUCGCUUUGUGGAUGCCAUUACACAACUUGGUGGACCAGAUAGUGGGUAUUUUCUUCAUAGUGAUGUCAUAAAAAGAGCCACACCAAAAGGUGUUCUUAGGGUUAUGGGUGUGCCUGGAUUAACCAUUUAUCAUGUGAAAAGCCAUUUACAGAAGUAUCGCCUUGCAAAGUACCUGCCAGAAUCCCCUGCCGAUGGUAAAGGCUCUAAGGAUGAGAAGAAAGGUUCUGGAGACAGCCUUUCUGGCUCUGAUUCCUCUACGGGGGUGCAAAUAAAUGAAGCGUUGAAGAUGCAGAUGGAGGUUCAGAAGCGUCUCCAUGAACAGCUUGAGGUUCAAAGACAGCUACAAAUGCGUAUUGAAGCGCAGGGUAAGUACUUGCAGAAGAUCAUUGAAGAGCAACAGAAACUGGGUGGUGUAAUCAAGGCCUCCGAGUCGAUACCAUCAGCUGAGGAUAACAAGCAGGAGCCUUCUGAGUCGGAAACACCUGCUGACACCUCUGCUGGGCCCUCAUUUCCCGGAAAGAGACAAAGGACAGACGAUGGGUUACCAGAUGAAAGCACCUCGUCACCUGUGCAACCAAAAGCUGACCAGGAGAACAGUUUGGUGGAUCAGUGGAACCAGGACUUGUAUGAAAAUGAUGCCCUAUUUGGAUCGAACUCGGAAGGAGUUAAAAGAAAGAGAUGAUGGCCGGUUUGCAUGUAGAAAGAAGAUCUGUAACUAGGUUACAUUUGUGGGGUUCGAAACAGGAGUGUUAGUUAGAAUCUGUAACUAUGUUACUUGGAUUACAAACCAUGCCAUGUAUAUCAUACGAAUAUACAGUUAAUCCAUUUGUAAUUAUGAUACAAUAUUACAUAAUAUAUCUAUAUAUAGAGCAUAUGUAGAAACUAUACAUAAUUUGUGUAAAUUUUUAUAUAGUGCAUUUUGCUGUAACCUUCACCUAUUUUUAUAUAUUUAAAAAUAUUAGCUCAUUCUUAGCCA